AUGUUCUCUAUUGAAUUAGCGGACAUCUCUCACCGUUUUGCAUACAUAGCAAGAAAGGUCCAUUUGUUGAUUGUUAUUUGAGAGGAGCUGCAAGAAAACCCUACUCUGAAUCAUGUUGUCUUUCGCUAGAUUUUUCACUAGACAAACAUGUCGAAGCUUCUCCUCGACAGCAACAAAUUUGGCAAAACCACUUACUGUUCGAGAUGCAUUAAAUGCAGCGAUCGAUGAAGAGAUGGAACGCGAUGAAAAAGUCUUCAUACUCGGUGAAGAAGUGGCCCAAUACGAUGGAGCCUACAAGGUUUCCAGAGGAUUAUGGAAAAAAUAUGGAGACAAGCGGGUGAUUGACACUCCUAUUACUGAAAUGGGAUUUGCUGGAAUUGCAGUUGGGGCUGCUAUGGCAGGCUUAAGACCUAUUUGUGAAUUCAUGACUUUUAAUUUUUCAAUGCAGGCCAUUGAUCAGGUAAUAAAUUCUGCAGCAAAAACGUUUUACAUGUCAGCCGGUACGGUAAAUGUUCCAAUUGUUUUUCGUGGUCCAAAUGGAGCUGCAGCUGGUGUUGGAGCACAGCAUUCUCAAUGCUUUGGCGCAUGGUACUCACAUUGUCCCGGGUUAAAAGUCAUCUCACCAUAUGACAGCGAAGAUUGCAAGGGGCUUCUUAAAGCAGCCAUUCGUGAUCCUGAUCCAGUGGUUUUUUUGGAAAACGAACUAUUAUAUGGCGUUGCAUAUCCAGUUUCUGAUCAAGUUAUGGACAAAAAUUUUGUAUUGCCUAUCGGAAAGGCUAAAAUUCAACGUACGGGCAAACAUAUUACAUUGGUUGCUCACUCGAAAGCUGUAGAGCUAGCCUUGGAAGCUGCUACAGAUUUAGCUGGAAAAGGAAUAGAAUGUGAAGUUAUAAAUUUGCGGACUCUUAGACCAUUGGACACUGAGACAAUUUUUAAGUCAGUACAAAAAACUCAUCACCUAGUAACCGUAGAGCAAGGAUGGCCACAAUGCGGUAUUGGUUCAGAGAUUUGUGCCCGUGUGAUGGAACACGAGACGUUUUUCCAUUUAGAUGCACCUGUGUGGCGAGUUACUGGAGUCGACAUCCCAAUGCCAUACGCGAAAUCUCUUGAGCACGCCUCUCUGCCACAAGUUCAUGAUGUAGUAACGGCAGUGAACAAAGUGUUGGGAGUGAAAUAAAAUUUAUAAUAAAGAAUCAUGUAUUCACAUCAGAUGUUAAACCUCUAAAAAUAAAAUGAUUCAAAAAAUGUGUUGAA